AUGAGUACUCGACGCCGCUACGAAGAUUCGACAGGACGUCUUAAAGCUGUGCACGAGCGCCAAGUUGAGGGUAAGAAGCUGCGCUCGACGUGGAGUCGCAUGGGUCCCGAUGACGAGGGUAAGCACGAGGCCACGUGCUCAGGUGGAACGCAGGACGAGUUUGAGGCAUUGUGGCAGGAGACACCGUUUG